AUGAAUCUUUUCACCCGAUUCUCUCUUGCUCUACUGAGUACAAAUCUUCUCUUUACGGGAAGCACCGCCGUUCCUCACUAUCCGAAGCUCGCCAAACGUUUACCGGAUAAUUGGAAGUUAUACAAUGAGUGGGUCUCGAUGCUCGAUGUUCAACCUUACACCUACGAAGGUGACGCAUGCGGUGACAUGGGAACCUUCAAUCGAGGGACUAGAACACUCACCUGGGUAACUGAUAAUUCCGAAGAAAUGGUGGUCACAUGGGAGAAGAAUCCAAUCGCCCAAAACAUGGCUGCGGUUUAUAAGGGCACGCUCCAGGUCAAGAAGGACGGUGAAGUGCAAUCUACCCAGGAUGUAGCUGUUAAACGAGACCGAGGUGAUGGAGCCAACGGAGUUGUCUACGGUGCCUCCUUACAAAUGCGACUUGAGGGCAACGAGAACAUUCUCGGAGCUCUAGGUGCUGUGUUUUCAAACGAUCCCACAGCUGGCAACGCGAUCAUGGCUUACGUCCCUGCUACAUCACUGGAGCAAAAUUUUGGUUCCUACUCGAAUCAAGAUUCGGUCAACAGCGCAUUCAAGCAGAUUCUCAGUGCAGUGGCAGCAGUUCAGAGCGCAGGAAUCAUUCAUCGCGAUCUCAAGCCUGAGAACUUCCUGCUUGAUGGCAGCACGCUGAAGCUUAUCGAUUUUGAUACAGCAAUCGAAGCUGCAAGCUCAGAUGAGACCAACGUUGGCACCGCAACCUAUGCUGCUCCAGAAAUUGUAUCUCAAAAAACAAAGUCCGGAGGUCCUUAUACCAACAAAGUGGAUACAUUCUCGAUUGGAAUGACCUUUUUGGUCAUGUCUGUGCCGGAACUGCGAGACGCAAACACUCGCUUUGACUUGUGGAGGAACCUCAUAGAACCAAACGACGAAUUGUGGCCUUCAGCCAGCACGGUCGCAAGUAUCCUGAAGGGAAAGAACUACGGCGUGUUCAGCGGUAACGAUAAUCUCCUCAAUGUGCUCUCAAAUGCUCUGUGUGAGUCAGAUACUCGUUAUGACCCACAGAGUUUCAAAUCAGCCUUUGAGAAUGCAGUUUAG